GCUAAAUUAAAAUUAUAUUUAUGUAUCAAACCCUACACCAGUAUAUCAUGGGCUGAAGAUCAGUUCAGCUGUUCAGUGUGUCUUGAUCUCCUGAAGGAGCCAGUGACGAUUCCCUGUGGACACAGUUACUGUAAGGGAUGCAUUACAAACUACUGGGAUCAGGAGGAUCAGAGGGGAAUCUACAGAUGUCCUCAGUGCAGACAGAACUUCAGUCCAAGACCAGUUUUAGGUAAAAACAUAGUGAUUGCUGAGAUGGUGGAGAAACUGAAGAAUACAAGCCUCCAGUCUGCUCCUAUUCCUCCUACUGUUCCUGCUCGUCGUCGUCGUCAUCAUCACACUGGAUCUGGAGAUGUUCAGUGUGACUCCUGCACUGGAAUUAAACAGAAAGCAGUGAAGUCUUGUCUGGAGUGUCGAAGCUCUUACUGUCAAAAUCAUCUUGAACAGCAUGAGAAUCUCUUCAGAGGCAAAGGACACAAUCUGAUGGACGCCACUGGACAACUGCAGGAGAUGAUCUGCCCUCAAUAUAAUAAAAUGCUGGAAAUGUACUGCUGGACUGAUGAAGAGUGUAUCUGUAUGCUGUGUUUGGUGGAUGAACACAAAAAUCAUGACACGGUAUUAACUGCAGCAGCAAGGCAAGAGAUGCAGGGAAAUAUUGAAGAGGAACAGAGAAAAGUCCAGAAAAACAUCCAGCAGAGAGAGAAAGAUCUUCAGGAGCUGAGAGAGGCCGUGGAGUCUCAUAAGCGCUUUGCACAGACAGCAGUGGAGGACAGUGAGAGGAUCUUCACUGAACUCAUCCGCUCCAUUGAGAAACAUCGCUCUGAGGUGACACAGCGGAUCAGAGAUCUGGAAAGAGCUGCAGUGAGUCGAGCUGAAAAACGACUGGAGGACAUGCAGCCACAGAUUGAUGAUAUGAAGAGAACAGACACUGAGCUGAAGCAGCUUUUAGAAACACAGGAUCAUGUUCAAUUCUUUCAGUUUUUGCAGUAUAUCUCUAUCUUUGGCUUUACUUUCACUCCUCAUCUGUCUUUUGACGAUGUAAAGAAGUCCAUCUCUCUACUCAGAGACAAACUGCAGCAGUUCUCCAUAGAGACAAUAGAGAAUAUGUAUAGAAAAGUGAAAACUGUACAGGUCAUUGGCGUUUCUGAAUAUCAGACCAUUCAGCAGUUCCAACAAUAUUCUCAUCUGUUGACUGUAGAUCCAAACUCAGUGAAUCAUUGGCUCCAUCUGUCUGAGGGAAACACGAGGAUCACUGCCACUAACACACAUCAUGGUUAUCCCGAUCAUCCAGACAGAUUUGAUGCUUGGUGGCAGGCAUUGUGUAGAGAGAGUGUGACUGGACGCUGUUUCUGGGAGGUGGAGUGGAGCGGUGAUAUAGAUAUUGGAGUGACGUAUAAGAGCAUCAGCAGGAAGGGAAAUGGACCUGAAUGUGUAGCUGGGUUUAAUAAUCAGUCCUGGAGUUUGUUCUGCACUCCCAAUUUCUGCUCAUUUUUUCAUAAUAACACUGACACUGUUCUCCCUGUAACCCAUGUCUCCAGCAGAAUAGGAGUGUAUGUGAAUCACAGCGCAGGGAUUUUGUCCUUCUACAGUGUUUCGAACACAAUGAGUCUCAUCCACAGAGUCCAGACAACAUUCACUGAGCCGCUCUAUGUUGUGUUUGGAAUUGGUACAGACUCAACGGUGAAACUGUGUCUUGUAAAGUAUUAAAUUAUACAGAGAUUAUUUUGUCAUAUCACAUGAUGAGUCAGUUAUAGUAAUGUGUUUAUAUGGGGCUUAUUUUCUAAUCAGAAACGCCACUUUUAAUAAAUGUUUAAUAAUCACAGAUACAUUAAAUCUUUUAAACAUCUCAUCAGAUGAACUUAUGGCAGUAGUGGUAGAGCUAAUAAAAAAAUAAAUACACCAUUUCAAAUUUUGCCUUUCAUGCAGUGUUGUAGUCUAGCUGUAUGUGAAUGUUAAUGAUCUGCAAAGUUGUAAAACCAAAAGUGCACAAUAAAAAUAGUUAUUAUCUCCCAAAAGAAAGAACCAACUCUGAUCAGCCAAAAUGAGUCGUUAGCCGUUAAUUCGCAUCCUACUUCAGUAGCGGCUACACGUCACAGUGUAACAGUUGCAUAAUGCUCGUCUAUGUUCUACGUUGGCCGGUCGCCAACAACUUGACUCGCCCUCAAACACAGUAGCUUCAUGUGGUUAACAUCAUGUCGAGAAGAUGCUGUGUAAGUAAAUUCCAAUUUAAGAGGCUGCAAAGAAUCAGUGGUAAAAAAAUCAUAUUUCCACUGUACCACAGCAGUACAAACCCAAUCUUUUUUUUGUGUUUCUGCCAUUUUACUGAACACUAUUUCUCUAAUCUCAAAUAGUUCAACGCAUGAUUCACAAAAUGCUUGCUUUUGAAAGAUGGCUCAGUACUCAGAUUAUUUUAACCAGCUGGCUCCACUGAACCACAACCUGUAAGUAUGAUAAAUAUUAGAUGUUUAUAUUUUCUAUUGAGCGGUCAAAAUACGGAACUUUCGUUUCUGAUCGGCAUAUUGUUUCUGACAUGCGCUGUACAUGGUAGACCGAUCACAACAAACUGGGCCAUCUGACCAAUCAGAGCAGAGUAGGCUCAUGGAAAGGAAGGGUUUAGAGAGACUUAAUCUUAGAACUGCUUCAAAUGAAUCAUUUGAGAAUCGUUGGGAAAUUAGGUGAUAUUAAAUGCAUAUUUUGAGAAAACAAAAGCAUUUUGUAAACCUAUUGUAGGAGACUCCCAAAACAAUAUUAGGAACCUUAAAAAUGGCAUAAUAGGGGCACUUUAAAUUAAAAAAAAAAAAAAAAAAAAGAGUGAAAUUUAACGUAAUUGUUCUUUGACUAUCAAAAGUAGAAUUCAAAUCUCCAAAUAAAAUAUUUCAAUAUACAUACAGUGGCAAGAAUAAGUUUGCAAACCCUUUGAAAAUAUCUAGAUUUCUGCAUUGAUUGUUCAUAAAAUGUGCUUAGAUCUUAACUUACAGUUGCAGAAAAACACAAUAAGAAUAAACUAAUAACACACAACCAAUUGUACUUUUAUUGGUACAUUGAGUAAUAAUUCAUCACAGUGCAGGUUGGAGAAAGUAAGUGAACCCUUUAGUUUAGUAACACAAACUGGAUAUUUUACAGGGUUCGUAUAUAAGCUGUUUUGUUAUAUAUUCUUAUUAUUUUUCCUUUGCUUUCUCGGGUGUAUGUUCAAAGUAAAUUGUUUUGCUUCGUG